AUGAUACAAACUGGUCUCAUCCAGAGCGCGCACAAUGAUCUUCUGACAGACGUAGCUUAUGAUUUCUAUGGGCUUCGCUUGGCUACUUGCAGUCUCGAUCAGAGAAUCAAAGUUUGGCAAGUAGACGAGAGUAAUGGAAAUUGGAAUGUCGAAGAUGACUGGAAGGCUCACGAUGCUACCGUCUCCAAACUAAGCUGGGCUCACCCAGAAUUUGGGACCAUACUCGCAUCCGCCUCUUUCGACCGUACAGUCAAGAUUUGGGAGCAAACUAGCUUUGCAUCAACAACUGAUUCCCAAACGAAUGGUGCUGGUGCCGGGUCUCCUCAGGCUGCUUCAUGUGGUUCCUCAAGAUGGGUGGAAAGGGCUGUAUUGGUUGAUGCAAGAGGCACUGUCCGCGCGGUCGAAUUUGCCCCUCAUCAUUUUGGGUUGAAGUUGGCAACUGUCUCUUCCGAUAAUCACGUUCGCAUCUACGAGUGCUUGGAACAAUCAUCGCUAGCCACAUGGCAGCUUUCGGAAGAAGUUGAUGUCUCAACGCUCCCAUCUGCAUCACUGUCCUCAUCGUACUCCGUGGCGUUUGCGACACCAACCCAGACAAGCGCAACUCUUGAGGGUGCUUCUGCAACCCUGGUCGCUCAAGCCCUGCAACAAUCGCAAAACCCCGCCACUCAGGGACGACCCGGAAUGGGGAAUCGAGAAGCUGAUGGAGGGUGGUGCAUAUCAUGGUGUAAAGAUAGAUAUUGGGGGGAGAUCAUCGCGGCUGGCUGUGGGGUAUCCGGCGCUAUCAAAAUUAUACAAUUAUCUCCCUCUCGUCGACCUAUCACUCUCCUUACUUUGGACCCAUCUCCUUCGCCGGCGGGUUUGCCCACUGAGGCAGGAACCUCGCUUGCAAGCGACGGAGAUACUCCGACACCAUUUGCUAUCACGUCGGUGGCGUGGGCGCCUUCGUGUGGGCGAUCAUAUCACCUUAUAGCUACUGGAGGUCGCGAUGGACAUGUUAGGAUAUGGCGAGUCAAGCCUGCGGAGGAAGAACCUGACGUCGAAGGAGAAGGGGGCGAUCCUAAAUGGUCUGCAAAUGUAGUAGCAGAUUUCGAUCACCACAAAUCGGCGGUUGGCCGUGUUGAGUGGAACAUCACUGGGACCGUUCUGUCUUCUGCUGGGAAUGAUGGUCGUGUACGACUGUGGAAAGCGACUAUUGGUAAUGUUUGGAGGACUGCCGGGAGCAUCGGGGUUGAGCAGUCGGAAGAUACCCAAGAUGCUGAUGUCAAUAUGGGCGAAAAUACAAUUGCCGAAUAG